UUUCCAACAGGAAGUGCCAUUUAUUCGACGGGGACGACAAUUUUACAUAUGCUCCAAACCUAGGGCCAGACUUCUUCAUGCCAGAGAGUGAGUGUAUGACUAGUAGAGUAAAUAGUAUAGCGACCAGUAGUAAUAGCUCGGGUAUUUGACUCUCUAAUUUUCUUUAUUUCUUUUCUGAUGCAGCAUAACUUGUCAUCUAUUUUUGGCUUACUGUCUGCAUGUUUAUCUCUUUUGCAGAAAUGGCUUUUGCAAACGUUUUCGAUUUGUACAGCACUCAGGAGGAGGAAGAGGUUCCCUUGGUUCGAAAGAGGAAAUCGACCAGGAAACAUGACGGUGAGUCCAGCUAGGUGCCUUCGGCCAAGAAGAAUCGAGCCACCGAUCCUUCAAAGGAUGGGCUCUCUGGCCAAACAUCUGCCCAGCCUCCUGCUCCUGUCGAGAAGGAAAAUCCGCCUCCUCCUGCUGCUACGAUUCCUUCACCUCGUGCCCCUACCGAACAGAUCCAACAAGCCGAGGGGAUUCCCCCAGGGGCCAAACUAUCAGGACGCGCCCUAAGGUCAACCAAGGAUCGCCUUACUCACAUCCUUAAGCAUGACCGCUGCAAGGAGGCCAUGGCUAAUGCAGAAACAAUGGGGGUUGACCAGAUCCUCAAUAGAGCCCUCAAUGAAGUGGCCAGUGCAAUGCUGACCAUGACGGCUGCUCGCGCCCGCGCGGGUGCAAGCAUCGAGCAGACCCGUGCUAGGGAGGCGAACCUAACGGAGGAGCUUCAAGCCACGGAGGCUAGGCACGCGGGGGAGCUGGAGGUGAUGACCCAGCAGAAGGAUUCUUUGGCUGCGGACCUGGCAGAGAAACAAGCCUCUCUGGAAAAUGCCAGAAAACAGAGAGAUGAAUACCAGGAGGCCAGCCGAACCCACUGGCGUGAAGUCAAGAGGCUCCAGGAGGAAAAUCUCGCGAAGGAUAGGAGCAUCGCCGUCCUCAAGAGCCAAGUGGAUCAACUCAGGCUCACAAACGCCAAGGACCUGGAGAGGUACAAGAAUGCGACACUUCGAUGUUUCUACGAAUUCUGGAAACACAAUCAAAGUGCCAAAUUUGGCUACCUUCCAGAGGAUGCCAGGACAGCUGAGUUGGCUCGUUGUGCUGCUCGGCUGGCUGCUGAAGAAAGGGCCAGAGUUCCUGCCUCCCCAGAGAUUUCGCUGGCCACGGGGAUGGAUAGAGGGGAAGCUGCAGAAGACGCAGUCGACCAAAAUGCUCCCCAGGAUCCUCCUGCUGCUUCUUAGCCUGCUUUUAUGUUAUUUUCUUUUCUUUGCAUGACCCACUGGUCAUGAUGUUAAGACAAUGUUUACUUUUUUAUAUUGCUGCAUGGGCAGCUUUACCUUUUAAUUUAACAUUUACAUCCGAGCAAUACUGCUCGCGGUGUAAAAGGAUUCCUUUGACAUUAUAAUAUUUCUGUUUUAUUAUAAUAUCUGUUCGCAUGA